GCCGCUGUCAUAAAAAAUGUUGUGUCGGGUGGUCUGGCACCAACUUCCGAAACAAACAGGUCGGUGCGCUGCUGCUAGCGUCGUUGCGCUCCCUCGCCUUGCUAAAUUGCCUCUCGUUAAUCCCACCGCCUUCUCCCAACAGCUUCGCACCAUGAAAGUGUACACGAAAACCGGUGACAAGGGCACAUCCCAACUCUUCUCGGGGGAGCGCCGCUCGAAAGACGACUCUGUGUUCAUGGCACUCGGCGACACGGACGAACUGAAUGCCCAGAUCGGCGUUGCAUUGACGCAUUUCCAGACGCUUGGCGUGGAGACGACGUUGCGUCCGGGACUGGAGUUCCAAGCACACCUCGAAGAGAUUCAGUCGCGGCUGUUUGAUGUUGGAGCUAGCGUUGCGACACCGUUGAGUUCGGCCGGUCAAAGCAAGAUCCGCCGCGCGGAAUUCGAACCGUCGAACGUAACUGUGCUCGAGACAUGGAUCGAUGAAAUGGACGAGCAUUUAGAACCGUUGCGCAACUUCAUCUUACCCAGCGGCGGUGGCAUGACUUCGUGUCAUUUGCACGUAGCGCGCGCCGUGUGCCGCCGCGCCGAGCGCCGUGUGGUGUCCAUUGGGGACGAAGACGUCGACCCCGUCGUCAUUCAGUACCUGAAUCGAUUGAGCGACUUUUUGUUUGUCGCCGCCCGGUUCGUCGCGUUUUUGGAAGGCAAGACCGAGACCAUUUGGAAAAAACAAGACAAACAAGCGUAAAAUAACGUUAAUCCUAUUUCUGCUACUACUGUACCUAA